AUGCCAGUGUCUACUGUAACUUUGGCCAGCACUGGCUCUACAUCUGGGCUCUACAAACACUAUAACACCAGAAGCAAUUCUAUUGCACAACCCACACCUCAUCCUGUGACCAAAAACAAGCCCACAGGAAAUAUUCAAAAGUCCAAAAUCACUUUGAAAUCACUCACUCCAGUUUUACAACUAGAUAAAACUGAGUGUGCAACGACCUCCAAGACAUCCUCAACCCCCAUCCAAGGUGCUCAAAGGGACAACUUGAAUCUCAAAUCAACAGUCAAGUUGCACUCCUCUGCGGCUAUUGCUGGAAAUCCGAGUUCGGAGUUGAAUCCUUUGUGUGAUGACUCAGAGUCGGAUGAUGAUAGCCUCCAACAGUUCAUUCAUUACCAUCAUUUCACCUCAAAUAUUUCAUAUCAGCCCAGCCAGGUUGAGAUCGCCUCAACGGGCCGCAUCCUGGAAUUCUUCGGUAUUGAUGCGCGGGAAUACGAAGUCAUAGAGGAAGCACUAGGAGAGACGGGCCGGGCAUUUAAGCCCAGACUGUCUUAUGAUUAUGAAAAGCAAUCUCUCCUUGUCGAUAUGCCUAGCGCCAUCCAUGAAGCACUGUUCGAUUGCUUGAAGCUCACCCUCGGACAAACCAUUGCAUCACUUCCCUAUGAUCACGAUACGAUCUAUCCAAUGAUCCACAUGAAUUCAUCACUGAAGGGCCCCACCAAAAUCAGGUUGGUUCCCUUUUUUGGGGAGUGCGCGUGUUCCGAGGACAAGAAACAUGCAAUCGACAAACUUGCCAAGACCAUCCGCGCUCAUCCAGAUAUCAAGAUGGCGGUCCUGGGAUUAGUUCGCAAAGCGCAGCCCUACCAUCAUCCUAAGUGUGAUUCCCAUGCGUGGAAUUUCUUCAGUACAGACCCAGAACCACUUCCACUCGAGGAGUUCAUCACAGAACGCUUCCCAUCAUGUUCAUCCAUAACGAUCGCUGGGCAUAACUGGUGUCACGUUAGUUCUGUAGAAUUUUUGGUAUGGUUUCAGGGAGAUGAUGAAGCUGCUAUCGAUCUUAACAAAGAAGACGCUGAACACAUGGCGUACAGUACACUAUUGCCUGACCUUAACAUGGAUGCCGUCAAGGUCAUGUUUCAGCGAGGAUUAGAGAAGAUUCGAGACAGUUUGGUCACGUUUUCUAAACAGCUCGAUCCUAGCAUCGACUGUACUGAACUCGAGAAAGCUCCCAUCACGUUUUUACCUAUCUGGAAAGACUACCUCAUAGCGUGCAGAAACGGUGCGGAUGUGACUGCCUGGACAAGGUACACGGUCUGGUACGAAGAGGUUAUUAGUGACCGCAAGAAAAAUCCCAACGCCUCUGGAGCAUCGGGCAGUCGGUCUCGUGGAUGCCCCAAGCGCAUCUCUUCCUCCUACUUGGAAGUUGAAACGCGCGCUCCAGUAGCAGCCUUGUACUAA